AUGACAAAAGAACUUCAUUUGGCGAGUGUGAACACGAACCAAUCACCACAAGUAGGAAUGGCACAAGAAGAUGAAAAUCGUCUGAAACUCCAAACAAUCUGCAUAAAAUUGCGAAAUUUGUCAACGCAUGAUAUUGAGGAAAUAAACAAAAAGUUGUCAAGUCAUGGACUUAAAUCAAAUUCCAAACGAAAGCAAAAAUCUGAUCCAACAGAUAACGAGCCUAAAAGAAGAAAACUGACAGAAAAUAAUACAGUAGUUCGUAUCACACGCUCCAAAUCUCGAUCGCUUGGAUUGUUGAUAGACAAAGAAAAAACGAAAGUUGAACAACCGAAGACAUGCGAUAAGAGUAUUCCAAAGCAAAAUGUGCUGACCGACAUCCAUUCAGCUUUGACCGAGCAAACCGCAUCUCAAACUCGAGCAAAUGCUGCGUCUCAGGUUAUGAAAAACAAAAAAAGUAUUUCCAGCAGACCAAAGCCAUACGAUAAGAACAAUUUGAAGCGAAAUUGCACAGAGAAAAUUCCAUUCGAAACCCGUACAAGUCGUGUCACACGCUCCAAAUCUCAAUCGUUUGCUCUGUUGAUUGACGAAGAAAAAGUAAAAGUUGAUGAACCUAAGUCACACGAUAAGAAAAUCUCAAAGCAAAUUCCGUCUGACAACCAAUCGGUCCCGAUUGGGCAAAUUGUAACUCGAACUGUUGCGUCAACUCAGUCUCAGGUGAAGUGA